GGUUGGGCGCCCCAGCCCCGAGGGCACGGUGCCGCGUCCAGGGCCACUGAGCUGGGCGCUGGGCCCUGUUGGGGGAGGAUCUGGAGGCCCGGUCGGGCCAGGGCGCUGGGGGUUCACCAGCAGACCCAGUUGCUGGGCCAGAAGCAGGAGUUCUUGGGCAGGGCUCUGGUGGCGGGCACUGGUGGCGGGCACUGGUGGCGGGCGACGGUGGGCGAGCACGGGCACUUUCAGGGCUGGCAUGAGUGGAAGGGGGACGAGGAGGGCCCAGAGUUUGAGUUGGAGCGUAAUUUGGGAGUACCGUGUCAUCGGGUGGGUUGAUGAGUCAUGAGAUUUGGAGAUCACAGAAGCCUUUCCUAGUGAUCAGUUCUGAGUGAGGGAAAUGAAAAGGGCUGGGAUUUGGAGAAACGUUUCUGAGGCCACGUCUUGGGACACUAGAUGCUCAGAUGGCUGCCAGUCCCCAUGCGAGGGACUUUGGGAGUGAUGUCCCAGAGUGGUGGGACGGGUCAGCUGCAGCCUGGCGGGGGUGGGGGUGGGGGUUAAGGAAGGUCUUUGUGGUGGCCAGUCCCUGCCUUCCUUCCUUUCCAGGCCGUCAGGAUUCAGCUGUGUUCCUGUGGGGAGUGGGUUAAAAAUUCCUCCGGCCUCCACUCAGCCUUACAGUAUCCACCAGGGGCAGGAGGGACAUAUACAUGCGUGACUGCAGCAGUAUUCUCUGUCGUGGAGCCCUCGCGCUUCCUCACUGUUGCCAUAGUAACGGCCUAUUGAUGGUGUAUUUAUAGGGGAAGAAGCAGGCGCUAAAUUUUGGGGAAGGAGGGGGAGGAGGCCUUAGGGCAGCAGCAGUAGUGAGGGUGGCCACAGAAUUGUUAAUGGAGUGGGCCAUGCCUGGGAGCUGUUUGGAGGAGUUCCUGGCAUGUCUGAAGCUUAAAAAUGAACUAAUGACUUAUGCAGGUGUCAGGAUAACACAGUCUGGCCUAUGAUACGUGUGGGUGUGCAUGCACCACAGUCGGGUGUGUUUGGGAUAAGACAUAGCUAUAGGGAAGCUGUUACGUAAUUUCUCCACAGAAAAAAUCUAAAUGCAGUUCUCAUUGAUAAGCAAUGACACAUGUAUUUUUCUGUCAUCACUUAUUAUUAAAGCCUUUGCUCAUUCUUUUCAAACCCUGACACAACAGCUCCAUUUUUCUUCAAUCAAAAACCUUGCUGUCAGGCAUGCCACACCCACCCCCUAGACACGUGACUGGCAUUGGCCUUAGGGGAACCUCAGAGAUCCAUAAUUGAAGCAGGAUUUUGAGAUAAUAUUACAUCUUCUCUCUCAUAAACAAACACUUGGGGUCAACUUUUCUCACAAUGGCAGGCCCAUCUGUUGACAAAUUCCCACGCUGAUAGUUUCGGGUGGGAUAGUUGUGGGGUGCAAAAGAGAAAGCCUCCCUUAACACAGUGUUUCCAUAGACAGAUGUUACGUUUGCUAGUUUUCCUUGAGUUUUAAUUUUAUUUAUGAUUACUAUUCUACCUGUUUGCCAAAAGGAUUAGAGGGUAUAGUUUAAAUAUACAUAAGAUUGAAAGCAUAAGUAGAAAAGUGGAUACUGUGUCACAGGGGAGAACGCAUAAGUGUUUAACAGCUGGGCUUCCAGGGCGCCUGUCCUUCACGGUUAAUGUUAAUACUGAACUUCCUGGCAGCCUAGGCAAAAAGGGUUACACCGUUCCUGUGUCUUACAUCCAGUUAGUCAUAAAACCAGAGCUUCUGCUUGGGAGGGGAGCAGUGGGGUGAUUGCUCCCAGAUGUGGACGGCUUGGCCAGUGCUCUGGAAUAUGUGCAUGAGUGGGAGUGUACGUUGCUGCCGUGUUGUUUAAUGCAAAGAGAAGAGAGAUGAGUCUGUUUCAGGAGAUCCUUGCCACCCUGUCUGUGGAAGACGAACACAGCGGGUCAUCUGGGCUUGGGCCAUGACUUUGGAGAUGGUUGUUGUUGCCCCUUGUCUCUGAGGUCUUUUCCAGCUCAAAAGUGCAGAGAUUCAUCGAGGAGAGUGAGGAAGGCGGAACCUCAGCCUGUAGGAGUUUUUCUUUUUUGAAAAGAAACCCUCAACCCUUAGGUCUAGACUCUGAGUGUGUUCUUGGAAAAGGAUGAGAGCGGCAGGGCUGUAAGUGGCUGCGCAGAGGAUGAUGUGCUCCAUGGGGCGCUGCUUUGCCCUUUGACCCGGCCAGUGUGGGUGGGAGUCACAUCCCAGGACCAAGAGGGUGCCCUGUAGGUUUCGGGGUGUGAUUUCACCAUGACUCUGCUUUUCUCCUUUGUCAGGGAAGUGAGACACUGGAUCUGAGGGAGCGCCAUGGCAGUGUUUCUGGAGGCCAAGAAUGCCCAUUCGGUCCUGAAACGGUUCCCUCGUGCCAAUGAAUUCCUGGAGGAGCUGCGCCAGGGGACCAUCGAGCGGGAGUGCAUGGAGGAGAUCUGCAGCUACGAGGAGGUCAAGGAGGUGUUUGAGGACAAGGAGAAAACGAUGGAGUUCUGGAAAGGGUACCCGAAUGCAGUCUAUUCAGUCCGAGACCCUGCGCAGAGCUCAGAUGCCAUGUACGUGGUGGUGCCCCUUCUGGGGGUGGCGUUGCUGAUCGUCAUUGCCUUGUUCAUCAUCUGGCGGUGUCAGCUGCAGAAGGCCACCCGUCAUCACCCCUCAUAUGCUCAGAACCGGUACUUAGCGAGUCGCGCGGGGCACAGCCUGCCCCGGGUCAUGGUCUACCGGGGCACCGUGCACAGCCAGGGGGAGGCCUCUGGGCACCGGGAGGCAGGGAGCCCCCCGCAGGUGGUGCUGGGGCCUAGUCGCGGGGGUAGAACCACGGUCCGCCUCGAGAGCACCCUCUACCUUCCCGAGCUGUCCCUCUCCAGGCUGUCCAGUGCCACCCCUCCCCCGUCCUAUGAGGAGGUGACUGCUCCCCAGGAGAGCAGCAGCGAGGAAGCGAGCGUCUCUUACAGUGACCCGCCCCCAAAGUAUGAGGAGAUAGUGGCCGCCAACCCUGACUCAGACAAGUAGUAGGACUCGUGUCCUGUCCAGUGUGAAAGUCUCGUUCAGGGGCCUCCUGUUUUCUUUUUAACUUUUUUAAGACUGUGCCACCACAAAACAGCCUUAGCCUCCUUGUUGCCAAAUAAUUUCCUAUCCGUGGAUUUGUAGGAAGUCGGUUGUCAAAGACAGGUGGAGGGGGUAGGGAUCAUAAGCAUAUAUAUCACCUCUGAGGAGAGCCGCAGGCCAGAGAGCCCAGCUCCUCCAGAAGCCCUCACGCCCCUGCCAUCCUGUCCUCCUGUCAGGGACUGGCUUCUCUUAUGCCAAAGGAAUCACCCUGUUGAAUUGAUUGUGGCCAGAACGUCCACAGGCUCGGGCCCGGGGGCCACGCAGCUGGCCAAAGACCUGUUUGUCUGAAGCCUCGCCACAGAGAUGAGGGAGAGAAGCCAGCCCUUCAGCGCCCUUUUCCCUCACUAGCCCUGUGCUUUCUGUCCUUGCUCACGUUUGGCAAGGACAAGGACAGAACAGAAACGAAAAGAGUAAUAACGCAACGAGACACAAUAAAACAAAACGAUAUCACCUGGGCCACUCAUAGGGGUUCAAGGGAAAUCAGUCACGCAGGUCAUCUGUGACACUCCCCUCCCCCGACACUCACCCCACACUCCCGACCAGGUUCAAAGGAGUGUCUGGAGUCACCUGGAAGGAUGACGGGGUGCGUGAAGGACGAGGGACAGGGCCUGGCCGACAGAGCUGCCUCCUUCAGACUGGGGACGUUGCCAUCUGGAGGGCAGCUCUGAUCCUACUGUGCUUGGCCUCCCCUAGACCCUGGCUCUCCAGGCACGUGUACCAGCUGUGCUAAAGCCGCUACCCAUUGGCACGAGCCCUAUCAGAGCCUCGGGAAAACGGACGCUGCUGACCCUGCCUGUGGAGCCCAUGGCCUUUGAACGGGCGGGGUCCAGGCUAGGGCAGAGAGCUGAAGUUUUCUCCUUGUGAGGUUGGCCCGUAGGAUGAUUAAACCCACAAACUGGGCUUCCUCGACACUGUGCUCUCUGGCUGUGAACUUUUAGGCUACUGCCCUUUUCGUGAGUGGGUGUGUUGAGAUGAACUUGAAUUUCAGAUGGCUGAUUUCUUCUUAAUGAUGGGGCCCACCUGGGGAGAAGAUCCAAAAGUGUCCCUUUUUAGAAAUUUCUCUGUGGGGGAGAUGGGGAAGCUCGUGACCUGGGGUUGACGGCCCAUCAAUGAUUUGCUCUGUCAUUAGCAGAUGCUGGUCCACUGUUAGUAACCCCUUUCUGUGGCCCAGGAGCUGCCCACCUCUCCAUUUCAGUGAGGCUUCGGGCCGCAGCGGGGCAGAGGUGACCCGCCCUUUAACUGUCAGUGACCGCGCAAGAGACACUGUCAACACUGCCUCCCUACCCUUCCAUCUUCAUCCUCCUGGCCUCAGCACCAAACCGUUUUUCCUCUGUGGUGCUUUAAAAAAUGUAGCAAAUUUUUGUGGGGCCCCAAAGAGUGCACAGCCAGGGUCUAUUGGCAACCACAGCAGUUUAAAACCCACUGAGAAGACAAGCUUCUCUCUGUCUAAACCGCUCUCCAAGGCAGGCCUCAGGCCUCGUUCUUUGAAUGCGGCCCUGCCUAGAGGCCACAGAUGACUUCUGGAGGCCCCUCCAGUCCUGGGCACUCACCCAGGAACACGCUUCAAACGAGGAGGCUUAGUGUUCUUACCCCAGCGAGGCCACCAGCUUGGACAACACAACCCUGUGGCCGGGGUUUUCCAUCCUUACCCCUACCUCACAGGCCUCCUGGAGGCUGACUGAGCUAAUGCCUGUGUAGUGCUUGAGACACCAGGAAGCCAGUGCAGUUUGCCCUUAGGAAGGUUCUUCUAGAAAUAUGUAGGUUAUAAGGGACCAGUUCUAGUGGAGGCCUUUGUAGGACUCUGAAGUCGAGUCUCAACCUGGGGAGUCAGUCUCCUGCGAGUUGGACCGUUCCGCACCCCUGCUUCCCUUCCGCGAGAGCUCCCUGAUGCCAGAGGUGCUGACCAGGUGGCAUUCCACCUUUCCUUCCUUCCUCUUUUCCUCCCUCUGGGCCUCCAGCACCGCACUCCUGCCCUUUCUCACGAAGGCAUUUGGGGCCUAGAAAGCCCCUGCUUUGUCCAUGAGGGAUGCUGGGGUCCAUCCUAUUCAGCCAUGUUGGAGGACCCGGGGCAGCCUGAGGCUCCGGGGCCGGUCCCUGCCAUCCCAGCCUUUCCUCGGGGGCCGUGCCUGCGUGUGACCCGGGAGCACGGGAGAGAGCCAGGCGUGGGCCCCACUCACCAGAGCCAGAGGGAGGUUGCCCGGGACUGCCUGCUCCCUUUGGCCCCCGUCGAGCCCCUCCCUGCUGAGCUGCUUGCUGUUUGCAGCUGGCUGGAGGUGGGAGCGGGUGGGAUGCAGGAGCCCGGCCCGUUGGAGGGCGGCCUGCAUCCUGCAGGCGCCGAGCUCUCCGGUCCAGGUGCUUUGCAGCGUUCUUCCACGUGGGGUUGCCACCGUGGUCUCUGGGACGUUUUUCGCAGUAUAUCAUAGAAAAAAAGAUUGUACAGUACACCAUGGUCAUAACUCCUCGCGGUGCACAUUUGGCUUUUACGAAUGCCCUGUACAUAUCUUUUCAAACUCUGUCUUUGUAUGGUUGUUGAUUUGAUACAACGCUUCAUCUGCGGUAGCCACAUUUUCAUUGUUUUUGGACUUUGCGUGUGUGUGUGUGUGUGUGUGUAUACACGUGUGAACGUUGCCUUUUCUCACAUGCUUAUCUGAAACAAUAGCCGGCGUGUGGCUAUAUUUGUACCAGGAGGGUUCCGGUCUGAAGGGAGGAAUGUCACCUCCCAGGGCUAGGCAGCCUGAGGACAGGACCCUGAGUCAGGAAAGCCAAGAUUAGCUGUUGGAGCAAGCCCGCCAGAGUUGCCGCCUUCUGCCCUCCUUCACAAAAGGUUUUGGAUGAAGAUGAAGCAGCUCUAUCCUGUGGGCCUCCCCACUGUGGGACCCCCCACCUCACACGCCCUUUUGGAGCAGUGCCCCCAGCCUUGGCUUCUGUUCUGUGGGUAUCAGCAGCUGAAGGAAAUCUGAGCACUCCUGGGCCUUUUUGUUCUUUAUUUUUAUUUUUGGUGGAAAGAUGUGUGACUGUUGACUUUGGGAAUGGCAGGGCUGGUUAUUUAGAUAAUUUUCACUUAAAAGAAAACAGAAAAGCCUUUGACAAAUUCCUUGGAAUGUGACUGUCACAUGUUUUCAACCAAAAUCUUUUAAAGACUUUUCCAAACAAGCAUCACAAUCUUGUCCCUCCCCUGCUACUCCCCAUCACCCGGGGGUUUUCAAAACAAAAGCACAACAGGAAGUGGAGUGCGCAGGUGCCCAGUGUGUGCAGCCCUGCACAGCUGUGACGUGCCCUGGCUGACGGACACGGAACACUGCGCCGUCUGACCCGGAGGCCAGGGCCCUCCUCUUCUACUUGCGAAUCCCACUGCCACUAGUGUGAGUUCCUUAGGGUGCUUCGGAAAAUAGGAAUCUGCCCAAUUUGUUGGACUCUGUGUUUUUGGUAGCUUGAAGAUGACGGAUCCGGGUCAGGAAAGCAUCUUUUUGCUAAGGAGUUAGAGCCACAUGGUUCUUCUCUGGCUGGGGGGUUGAUCUUUUCACAACCAAAUGGCAUCCCACAAGAAGAACUGAAAACAACACUGCCUCUAGAUUGUUCCUUUGUCGGGGUGGGGGGAGGGAGAGAGGGAGAUUAUUAAGAGAAACUCUUACCUACACUGUCUGUUUCUAGGAGUGUGCGUGUGUGUGCUUUGUGUCAUGCGUGUGCCCUCACGUUCAAGGCUGAGAUGGAGAGCUGACAAGAACGCGGCCCCAUCUCAGGAUUGCACCGAUUCAGAAACAAGCACAUCCUCCCCACUGAACUCUACUCAUUCUAAUCAGUAUAAUUAGCUAAUUUAAAAGUACUUGAAUCAGACUGCCUGCAACUAUGGUAAAAGCCCAUUAAUUCGAAGCCCACUAAUUCAAAAUUUAGAGAAAAUCACAACUUAAGAUAAUUCGUGGUAUCUGCGAUUCUCACUCCGUAGAAAUAUUCAAGAUAUUCUUCCCUUCAGGUCGUUUUCAGGGUCAUAUGUGUAAGAGGGAUCUAGUUUAAAACGAGUACCUUUUUCAAAUAAAAGGCUCAAGAUAGUACGGAUCCCUUCACCGUGCCUUCGGCAGUUCUCAUUUGUCGGGCUCUUCGUGUACAGGAUGAACUCUGGUUCUCUGUCUACUGUGGGAAUGUUGGGUAUGGCGGCUUUUCAUUCUCCUCCUUUAUUUGCUCUAUGAAUAAAAUAGUUUGUGAACUAAACUGCAAUUUAAAGUAAUAUAACUGUAUAUCUUGCUAAAUAGUCUGUAAAGCAGAUGUUUCGCUAUAAGACCGGCCGCUCCCAUCAUUCGCCCCCAAAUAUUCAAACAUAUCGAGCUUUUCCUUUCACAGGCUGUGGGCGGUGAGUCUCUCUGGAGCAAGAAUUUUCCUGACAAAGAUAUCCUAACAGCGCAGCACACCCCCUCGGGCUCAGUGCCUCAACAGUUGUCCCACUGUACUGAGCUAUGUGACCGUUGCCCAGUGCCUGCCCUUCGCCCGCCCCCAGCCCAAGUAUUAACACAGAUAUUCAAGAUUGGGACAAAUCCCACAGCUGCUUAUGCCUCCCAAUCUGUCUCCCCUUACGGAUGCCACUUUCCCAGGCCUGAACACACCUGCUCUUUCACUCUGUGGUCGUGAAUUUGUGACAGUGGAAACCCUGAUAUGUGCAACUGAGCUUAUAGACAAGAUUACUGUGAAAUGGAUUAAUUUUGGUACCACUUUAAACUGUGCUCGUAAUUCAUGUGUUGACCCAUGUCAGCUGGGAAAUCUGUACAUUCAGUAAUAUGUCAGGAUUUCACUGGAGCCUGGGGGCAACAAACAAACGUACUUCUGAUUUCUUUCUCUCUCUCUCUUUUUGUAAUUGUUGGGUUUAGCUGUUAAGUUUGUCUCUUUCUGUACCAGAAGAUAGUGAAUAAUAAUAAAGAGCAAAUGGUA